AUGCAAAUGUUUGCCAUUUUUAUCUGGAUUACCUCGUGCAUAGCUAUGCUUUCUAAAUCAGAGCUAUUAGACAUUCAGCAAAAAACUACUGAUGGUGUAAUUGGCAUCAAUCCUUCCAAAUUCAAUGAAUUCUGCCAAGGUCCAAGAGAUUAUUUUAUUGUCGCUCUACUUACAGACGUUGAAAAUGAAGCAGGGUGUAGAAUAUGUCAACAAUUUGCACCUGUGUUUGAGAAAGUAGUAGGUGCUUAUAUGGAUGGCUACAGGGACACAGGAAAGGCUUUUUUUGCCGUAUUGGAUUAUUCAAACAUAUAUCAGCACCAUCAUGAUGUCAGUUUAUCCACUGUGCCUCAAGUUUGGAUAUAUCCUCCAAUAAAUAGCGUGGGCUAUUCAGCUGAUUAUGACUCAAAAUCUGGCGAUUAUAGUUCUUGCUUGGGUGAAAUAACUGAGCAUCUGACCUAUCAAGUUCCAGAGUCAUUGCCAACUAGGAGCAUCCAAGAAAACUCACUGGAAUUCGCUCAAUUUCUAGCUGAAAUUCUACAAAUUCAGCUAUACCUAAAAUCGGAGUUUGAUAUGUCCCACUUCAUUAGUUAUCUACUGGGUCUCUUUUUGCUUACUCAAGUAAUAAGAAAAAGACGCGAUAAGAUAAGAAAAAGACUGGCUGGUAGCUACAUUUGGCAAGUAUUUUCUUUGGUGUCUAUAUUUAUUUCCAUAAGUGGGUACAAUUUUUGUUCCCAAAGGGGUGUUCCUUUUUUACCAACAAAUGAAAAAGGAGCCAGAAUGUUUUUGUCAGGGGGUCAGCAAUACCAAUUUGGCUCGGAGGUUCUAAUCAGCAUAGUGGUAUAUCUAUCGUUGGCUAUAUGUGUCACAGUUUUGAUAUGCAUUCCUAUGAUUUCAAAUCCCCUUCAAAGAAAUUUCGGUGCUCUUUUAUUUGCAACUUUUUUGUUUCUUGGCUAUAACGUACUGACCUCCAUUUUCAUCAUAAAGAAUCCUUCUUACCCCUUCAACUUCAUUAACAUCCCUAUUUUUUGA